CCUGAGCCACGUGAUGACAUUGCUAUGUCAUCCAGCUUCGCCUUGGAAAAUAAGGGGAAAAUAUACUGGAGACGCAUAUACUUUCCCAUUUAAGAUUUUCCUGCAUUUCGAAGCUUUUAACAUGUUGUAUCCGUUCUUUCUGCUUCUUAUUCUCACGUCCACUGUCAAUCUAUCAGGGCAAGAUGUGAUCGAUAAUAUCCUUAUGAGUUUAUCAAAGGGAAUUACAUACUUUGAGAAACAAGGAAGAAAUAUCAACCUGGACGGUGUUGUCGGAUACAUAAUACUUAAAGCGCAGCUGCGGGAGGCGACGCGCACUUGGCCGGACUCAGAUUUCCUGAGUCUCUCUCAGCGCUCAGUUACAGUUUCCAUGCUGAAGACACUGAACAAAAGCCUUUCUGCUGCUGUCAGUGCUCUCCGGGAGACAGAUACGAAAUACUUUAAAGAGUUUGAGCCCAUCUUGGACAGCUCCUUUUGGUCCCUGCCUUCAGAAUGGAGUUCAACAGACCCCUCGCUGGUAUACACUUCAGUCAGGUCUAUGGAGUGCUAUGAUGAGCACCUGAGUGACAAGUGCAUGACCCUCCUACUAGGAACAUGGAAAGACAAUGGAACUCCGUGUAUCGUGACUAAGUCCUGUAGAGAUGUAAUGACGCAAUUUGGUUGUCCACACUAUUCGCUUUCCCACCAGCUCCUCUACUUCAUGAUAGGGACAUUGAAAGGGUGCUCGAGAAUGCUGAAGGGAGAUAUGAGAUUGUCUCGCGUCAACAUAACCGUGAAUCAUUACAGGAGAAUCUUCUGCUCCAACAUGAUAAAAAGCAACCAGGAGAGUUUCAAGAAUGGUCUUACCAGCCAAAUGCAAGACAUCUUUAUAGAAAACAUUCUUUUAUGUGGUUUGGUGGGAUUCUCAGAUUUCUAUAAAUUGGAAUGGUUACAGUCCAUUCUAAUAUUGCAAGACCAAGAAGUGGGUUGUUUUGGCAAAGAAGAUGACAUCUCCCAGAUAUUUGAAGAAUUUUUGGACGUACCUCAUAAACGGGUGAAAAGAAGAGAAAAAACACUGGACGAUGGCUGCUCAAGUCAUAUGACAGGAGUAGCAGUCAGUGCAUUAGGAGGUUUUCUCAACUAUUACCUAUCAGAGCAGGACAUAACCAAGAGACCCUUAAUCUAAAGACCAUUCCUAAUGGGACAUUACGUCACAUUUUUAGUUUUUCUACUAUACAAAGAGUUUUAGAAUUCACUCUCUGUUCACCGUGAAGGAGGAGUAGGUGCACACAUACGGUGUAUUUGAGAACACCAUGCCGGACUAAAAAAGAUGAAGAUGAUGAAAAAGCAGAAAGCAGGUUAUGAUCACAAAUUACUGUAGAAUACCACUCAUUAGUGUCGCAUUAAAUAAAUAGAACCUA